UGGUCUUUAGGGUCUCUGCAGAGUCUCAGUCGUGGUCUUUAGGGUCUCUGCAGAGUCUCAGUCGUGGUCUUUAGGGUCUCUGCAGAGUCUCAGUCGUGGUCUUUAGGGUCUCUGCAGAGUCUCAGUCGUGGUCUCUCGAUAAUGUCGCACAGAAAACUGAACCUGAUAGAAUAUUUAUAACCCCCCCGUCAGCGUUCAUGAAAACUGAGGAGGAAAAACACCUCCAACUAUGGCUGUGAAGGUGCUGCUGUAGCGCCCCCUGCUGAAAUAGACAGACUUCUUCUCCAGGUCAAAGAAAAAUGUAGAGAGACCUCAGGCCAGUCCAUUACAGACUACAGCGGGGUGCCGCAGCUAAAGGAAGAACAUUUAUGAUCAUUUCUUUGUCAUUUCUUUGAAGUAAUAAUCAUCUUGGUCUGAGGAGACCAGGUCUGAGGAGACCAGGUCUUCCAUCAGAUCGUUUUUUAUAGACCGUUAGUUAAAAAAAAAAUCAAGGUCAUGAGAUCGACCAAUCAGAGGCACAGCUGGCUUGACUGACAGCUGAGGACACUGGAGGUGUUAGCGAGGAGGUUGAAGGUCUCAACAUGGGGACCAACAUCACCGACACCUCGUCCACUCACAAUCCAGUCUGAGGACACAGAAGGUCAACAAAGUGACGAGGAGAGGAUCAUGGGAGACCACGGCGAUCUGAACUUCAUCAGAAAGACAUGAAGAGAAGAAGAAUGUGGACCUGGUCCUGAACCCGAGUCUCUGAGUCGAGUCUGAACCUGGCGGUGAGUUUUUUCCUCUGCAGAUCGAUCGGACUCUAAAUUCUGGAUCCAUAAAAGUGAACGGUACCUGAGGCUGAGCUCUGUUGGGUUUAGGUGGGUCAGGUGGUCUGUUUUAAAGAUCUAGAUCCAGGUACGAGCUCCACCUGAGGUCUUUGUGACCCACUUUGAGCCGGUCUGAGGUUUUUCUGCCCGGCGACAGGCUGUCAGUGUAAAUUUGAGACAAAUGAGUGAAAAAAAAACAUUAACGUUGUUUUUUAAAUGGAUUUCAGGUAAACGAGCCGCAGAGAGGAGGUCUGAAUUAUGGAUGCAGAAAAUAGUGCAUUGUGGGUAAAUCAGUGACCCCAUUAUGGUUAAAAGGUGUGCGGGACGAGAACAAAGAGCAGAGAGACGUGAAUAAAACAUGAACGAGAAUUUGUGUCAAUAAAAGAGUCAAAGUUAAAGAUCAGAGACGUCAGCGAAAGAGUGAAAGUACUUUAAUAUGGUCAUAAUUUUACCGUAAUGACUCUAAUAGACAAGAAGAGGAGAUUCUUUUUAUCUCCACAAACGUCUAAAAAAACUGAUGGUCUUAUUUUUGAGGUUUGGUAACUCUUUAUUAUGGUGGCCGAGAGCUGCCUCCGCUGCAAAUAAAAAAGAAUGUGAGAAAACGAAGUCACAACGGAAGUUAACGAUGCAACAAAACAAAAAAAGUAACUUACUGCCAAAAUAAAAAAAGAAUGCAAAAAAAAGAGAAAAAAAGGAGCCACAACAGAAGUGACCGAUGCAAAAAAAAAAAGGAAAAGGUGCAGAUAAAAAAAAAUUAAAAAAUACAAUGGAAGUUAAUGAUGCAAAAAAAAGUGACGGCGAGAAGACGAGCAAAGAAGUUCAUGGAAAAGUUAUUGAUUAAUUUCACUUCAUAAACUUUUUAAUGUGUAAUUUUAGACCAUGUAGAGCCUGAGUCCAUAUGAAGUUAAACUGAAGCCAAAACUACACCGACAUCCUCCAGUUCAACUUCAUAUGGACUCAGGCUCUACAUGGUCUAAAAUUACACAUUAAAAAGUUUACGAAGUGAAAUUGAUCAAUAACUUUUCCACGAACUUCUUUGCUCGUCUUCUCGCCGUCGUCUUCUCUGCCGAGAUCGUAAAACACCGAUGCAUCAUCAUUAUUACAGCUCACUACUGUUAUGACUUUUUUUAUUUGCAUCCUUUUAUUUUCGCAGUAAGUAACCUUUUUUUCUCAGUCGUUAACCUUCAUUGUGUUUUUUUCUUUUAUCCGCACCGUUUCUUUCUUUUUCUUUUUUUUUUUGCAGCAGGCUUUAGUUUCUUUUUUCUUUUUUUGCAUCGUUAACUUCUGUUGUGACUCUUUUUUCCAUUCUUUUUUAUUCGCAGCAGGCGGUUCUCGGCCACCGUACAUUAAAUUAUUAUUGAAUUUACAUCAUCAGUUCAAAAAUAAGAGACUCACUGUAAAAUCCACUCUCUUUGUGAGGUCGACAGAUUUCUGCUGAGAAAUCCAGGAUUUUAAUGUUUGAGUCGGAGCAUUUGUUGGAUUUAGUGACUAAUUUUCUGUGGAUUCAUGUCACUGCUCCUCUUUAGUUUUGGUCAGUCAUGUAAAGAAACAAAAUCUGUUUCCCUCCUCCCAAUAAUAAGUGUUGUUUACAUGUCCUGAUAAUGAUGUUUGUAUUGAACAAAAACAGCUUCAGUGUUUAUCAGAGAAACUCCAGAAAACUGAAGCUGCUGCUCACCAAACUGGAUUUUUAUUCCCCACAGAAACAAUGGAUUUAUGUGUUUGUUAAUUAAGCUGAUUGGGCUGAAUUAGGGAAGGAGGUGUGGACUCAGAGGAGGUGUCUGGAGGAGGUGUGGACUCAGAGGAGGUGUGGACUUCCCUCAGCAGCAGAUCCGUCACUCAGCUGGAGUCUCUCUCACAAACCGGAUCAGCUCCUCUCUCUCUCUCUCUCGGCCUCUCGGUGUUUCUCUCCGCCUCACAUGGAGGAACUUUGUCCCCUCUUCGCCCAGACUCCACCUGAAGACCAACUUUUGGGAGUUUAAGCAGAAAACCUGCAGCAGAAGAGGAGGAGGAGAACAUGAAGCUGAGCGCAGGAGGAGCGGCGCUGCUGCUGCUGCUGCUCGGCCGCUGCUGCUGCACCAAACCCGGCCGGAAAGGUAGGAGGGAGCCGGGGAGAGAGCUCCGGAGAGGGGGAGAGAAGGGGUGAGGGGGUGAGGGUGCACCUGUAGACUAAACUUAACUGAUUUACAUUUUAAAGGUUGAUGAUUAAAAGUGAAAUUUGGAAGUUAAAGCGAUAAAAUCUGAGCCGGUUGGAGCGAAAAUGCGGAUUAUUUCAGAUUAAUCCAAAGUUUGUAGAGUUCAGUUUGUUCUUAAAGAAAUAUGAGAGAAUAAAAAUGACUAAAAUGUUUUAAAAGUGUCAGUUUAGACCUCCAUAGAUGUCUCCUUUAACACUGGCCUUAUAGCCAAUGUCAGACUGACACCUAUAAUAAUAAAGGGGCUGGAAAAUAACUUCAUCAGAACAAGGUCUGAGUUUAUGAGUUUAUUCUGUUCCAGAAAAAUAAGACAAAAAACACAUUUUUAUUCUUAAUCAUGACCACAUUUUUAACUCAUAAAUGCAUAAAAUAUAUAUUUUAUAAUGUAAAGUAUGAUAUAAACUCAUAAAUCAUCCUAAAAAGCAGUGAAAGUGAUAACAGUCAUGAUAACAGAUGUCAAAGUCAGGAGGUUAAAGAUGGAUUCAUGAAGUUAUUAAAGGCUCUAAAUUAUGGGGGUGUUAACGUGUCACUUUAACAAACAGCCGUUCAGAUUAUUAUCACAGACAGUUCAAUCUGAAACCGUUUAAACAGGUUGAAACUCGGUCUCUCUGUUUCAUUUACUGACUGAAUUUACCGUCUGUUUAACCUUCAUUUCCUGCUGUUGUCAAAAUCUGAGAUUAUCUGAGAACCUGACAGAAGAAUCUCGAUCAUUUCUGCUGGUCUGGUUUUUAAAAAGGUCCUGUUUGAUUUACUACAGCAGGUAGAUUAGUGUCUGUUAUUGAUCGGACUCAGAUAUUCAGGUCAGUUAAUGAAUCAAAGUCUGGAGCUGCUGUCUGAUUGGUUGGUUUUAUUUAUUUAUAGAAAAGGAAAGUUUUUAAAAAGAGUCUUUCUGGACUUUUUAUCGAACAGAAUUGUUGUAGAUUAUCUGGACUCUGUUUAUUGAUACCUAUUGAUUAAUUAGUGGGACUGUUUUGUGGUCAGUGCUGUGGAUUCACGGUCCUUCUGUCCUGAAACUGAGUCUGUUUUUAACACCCGGGACUUUUGAGGGUACACGAAGAUCCAGGUCUUCUGUGUCUCAGUCCAGAGGCUGCAGCUUCUAAGGCAGUGGUUCUCAACUGGUGGGUCCUGACCCAAAAGUGGGUCACGGUCACGUUCUGAAUGGGUCGCUCACAGCUGGUCAAAAAAGUCAAUAUUUCAUCUGAUGUUUGUCUUUUAUUUUGAAAGGCAAGCGUUAUGUCGUGGUCCUCCUCGGUUUCUUAUUAAUGUGUCCUGAAUGCAGUAAAAUUACAUGUUUUUUUAAUUUGGUCUUUAUUUAGUUUAAUUUAAUAUUUAUUCACGUUUGUCCUCCUCCGGUUCUUCUGAAUCUGCUCUGAAUGCAGAUAUACAAAAAAGUCACAUUUCUAAUUUUUUUGGUCUUUAUUUUGUUUGAUUUGAUAUUUUCUGUAUUUGUAACUUCAGUCGUUGUCGUCCUCAGUUCAUGUGCAAAAAGACGGAGUAUUUAUGUUCAAGAUUUGAGUCUUUAAAGUUUUUUUUUAAUAUAAAACUAAAAUAUUCUUUGUUUGAAUUUUAUAAAAGUGGGUCGUGACUUGAGGACUACGGGAAAUUGUGGGUCCAGAGUGAGACCAGUUGAGAUUCACUGUUCUAAGGGACCCAGAUCCUGGUCAGACCAUCACCAGUCAGUCCUGCCUGGACACUGCGGCCUCAUAGUCCUGAGUUUAUACCAAAGGAAGGUGUCUGCUGGACGAGCUCGCCGUUAUAGUCCGGGUCAACCUUUGAACACCAACGCCGUAAAGACGGAUUCAGAUUUCUGUGUCCGUCUUUCAGGACGUUCGUUCAGCUUCAAAGACUGUGGUUAGGCUUUUUGGAUCAGUACCUGCAUGGUACCAACAGUCCUGUACCGUCACAGUCUGGUACCAACGAACGUACCUUUGCACCCCCAUGAGGUUGACAUCGACGCCAUCGUCUUCACGAAAACACUUUUAUACUCCGAGGUCGAACUAAAGACUCGUCAGGAACUUCAGGUCCUCCUUUUUGGUUUUGAGAGAUGGACUCUGAGAUUACCAACCGCUGAGCAUGAUGGGAGUUCUGAACGACGAGCUAAUUAUGAGUUUGGAAAUAUUUCUGACCAAUCAGGUCGUUUGUCUGAAAUCAGAGUUUUUCAGAGCGAGAGACUGAAUGAUGAUGGGAACCGCUGAGCUCAGCUCUGAGACUGUUAUCUGUGUGUGUGUGUGUGUGUGAGUGUGUGUGUGCCCGUGUGUGUGUGUGUGUGUGUGCAUGUGUGUGUGUUCAGUCUUAAGUAGAAACAGCUGACUGCUCUCUCUCUCUCUUUGUCGAACACAGUCUGAUUCUGUGGAGGAUGGAGAACGUCUCAGUGUCUUUUGUGUCGCUCCUUGUUUUCAGCGGUCUGUUGUUCAGAUUCUCAUCGCUCCGCAGAGACAAACAGAUCCUGAGUCUUGGUCCAGCAUCAUGGUCCAGGGUUUUUUCCCCUUCCCCCGACCAGGCAGCCAAUCAGAGAGCAGGAUUCUCUGACUGAUGGACUGGAGCCUGAAAUGUCGCCCACAUCGUGUCUUUGCUGUCGUUCAGCCGCCCUCCACCACCGAGGAAGUCCCAGAUGUGGUGUUGGGGGUCCACAGCAAACCUGAGGGACUUGGAGGACUCUUUGGGGACAGCUCAGUUGUUCUUGAGUUCCUCUGAGGAGGUCCCAGAUCUUAGAGUUCCAGUGGUCAAAGGUUAAGGGGUCUUUGGCGAGGAUGGAGACCUCUUUGAGAAGGUUUCAUUGGUCCUUGAAGAUCCUCUGGGCUCUCAGUCUGUGUCUUUAAACGUGUCACCUGUAAGGAGGUUUAAGUGGUCUUCAGUUGACCCCUUGAGUUGGUCCCAGAGGUCUUGUAAGUUCUGGUGGUCCUCCUGGAGAAGGUUUUAGAUCUUUAUUUGGUCCUUGGUUGUCCUGGACCUUGGUCCUUAUUCUGUGUGUUUACCUUCGAACAUGAAGAAAUAAAGCUGCGUUCCAGUAAACAAGUCGGAAAACCAAGAUGGACGCCUACAGUUACCUUUUGUCAGCUGUUGUUUACAAUUGUCAGCUGUUGUUCGUUGUUGUUAGCUGUAACAGUUGUAAACAGCAGCGUGUUCACGGUUCGACGUUGGACAGUUCAACAUUAACCACUUAUUUAAUUUCACUAAAACGAAACAGAAGUGCUAAUAAAUAAAACAUUACGAGAGUUUUCACUGUAACUCUUUACUGUUUAUGACGUUGUCGUCAAGUCGGGGUCGGCGAGGAUCGUCCGACUUUCCGAGUCGGAAAUCCGACUUCAGAGGGGCGAUCCGGAUAAAACUCUGACCUGGAGCUCAGAAAUCCCGACUCCUGAGUAUAACUGGAACACAGCAUUUGACACACUUUUACCCAUAAUGCACUGUGUCUGUUCUUUGAGUGUCAGACCUGAUCGUAUCUCCUGACUUCUCCUGGAGCGUCGAGGUGCAGCGCUCAGUCCUGAUUGGUCAGCAGACUUUAGUCCCGAAAACUCAGAGUCCAGGUUCAGUUUUUGUCGGAUUGUUGUGUCUGCAGAGUUCAAUCUGACCUUCAGCCAGAGUGUGUGUGUGUGUGUGUGUGUGUGUGUGUGUGUGUGUGUGUGUGUGUGUGUGUGUGUGUGUGUGUGUCUGACUUCUGAGAAAGACCUUGGCGGUGUGUGUGUGUGUGUGUGUGUGUGUGUGUGUGUGUUCGUGUGUGUCCGUGCCAAACGAGACUCUGCGCCCGCAGUAAAGAACAACGGCGGAGCUUUGUGGUUGCCAUGGCAACACUAUUAGCAUACCGAGCUGAAGCGUAUUGACUGAAACUUUGACAACAACCAGCCAGGCUGAGGACGGCCAGAGGACACGCUGUGCUCCUGGACGGAUUAGAAGACAGAGCCGAGGAGACCCACGGCGGGACUGAGGACUGAUUAGCAUGUCUUUAACCAACGCUAUUCAGAGAGUGUGUGUGUGUGUGUGUGUGUGUGUGUGUGUGUGUGUGUGUGUGUGAGUGUGUGUGUGAGAAUUAACAUCUCUAUUCUGUAGUUUUUUCUCAGCUGAUGGUAGUUUGUCAUCCUGGACUCUCAUUGGUUCUUUCAGACACUCGGUCGUCGUGGUUUUAUCUCUUUGGUCGGUUUAGUUUCUUCUCUUUCAACACUUUUCUCCUCCUCCUGCAUCAUUUCAUCGUUGUUUUGUCCUCCUGUAGUUUUUCAUCUCUUUGGUGUUUUUAAUUCUCAGUCCGUCUUCGUUGGUGUUUUCCUGUGAAGUGACGGUUUAGCUGAGCGGUGUCCUUCUUUAUCAUCACGUCAUUUUCAGCUCUCUCACCCCGAGUUUCCCUCCCUGUCCACAGUCCUGUCUUCAAUGAAGAGACAUAAAAAAUACUCACACCUGUCCUUCUGCUGUUUUUUGUCUCAGUAACCCUGACAGAGCUCGGCAGAGAGCUUAGGGUCAUUGUCUUACUGCAAAACAAACUUAAGAGCCACAAGUCUGAGUCCAGAUGG